AUGCCGAUUCACGCGGCAAAUCUCCAUGGUCUUAGUCGUCCUACCUCGGGUGAUCCUUCUUCGCAAACCAACUCGGUUUCUCUGCAUGCUGCUGAAUUCGGGGCUGCCACAACCCAGGAACGCCUGCAAGAUCUAGAUCGAGAAGAGGGCGAGCUGACUGAUAUGGAGGGAUCUGUAUCAGCCAAACAGAAACCUACGGGUCGAACCGACAGAGGAUCACGGAUCUCAGCGCUUCAACCAGGAAAUACCGCAACUACUUCGGAAGCUCAGCCGGCAAGUGCGGACAAGAAGUUGAUAAGUGGUCCUACGGUCCAGGACCGCAAUACGAGCAUAUCUGACCUGGAAGAGGGCGAGGCUUCCUCAACUGAGACGAGCGUAUCAAGCAGAGAAUCCGGGUCACCAUAUAACCCUCCCAUCUCUGUCGCAGCUGUGCCAUCCCCGCCUCAUCGCGAAACGGCGCAUGGCCCUUCUCCCCCAAAGAAAACGUCUUCGCCAUCUUUCAAGAACCAAAAAAUUUCGCGGGACAGCCGCAAAUCGCCGGCGCAGCUUCGAAUUCAAGCACAAGGUGCCCUUUUGAGCCUGGCGCCUCAUAAUAUACGGUACAGUGAACUAGUGGGAGAAGGAAUCAACCCCACAGUGCUGAAACAACUGUAUGAGGAGGUUGGAAUUAGAGUUCUUACACCGCAACCAGACGAUGUAGUAUCGGCGAGCAAGCCCUCCUCGAAGCCUGUUGGCCUGGAGGGAAUCAUUCCCGUUGCGGAAGAUGAUUCAAGCUCGAGCGAUAAGCUUGAGGGCCAAGGAGCCCCGAAAAGUCAAGAUGACACCCGGCAACAAUCGGCUGUGCCAGUGGCAGUCACCGAAACUAUCUCCAUCCCAGUUGUUACUUCUUUAUCCACGUCUGCUGCUAAACCACUUGAAAGAAAGGAGGUUAUCGCGCGAAUGCUCGCAGCUAAAGCGGCUAAGGCCUCGGUGACAUCUUCGACUCCUCGGAGCGAAUCUAUGAAGGAGGUGUCACCGUCAGAAAGCCCGACAUCAACGCCUGUUGAAAAAGCUGCGGCAGUCAGCUCCGAGCGUGAAACACCCACUCUGGAGAAAGAGGUGCGAGUCAGGGAGAAGAACAAAGCUCAGACUGAAUUAGCCCGACAGCGGAUUGAACAACUCAGGAAGCAAGGUUUGAUGAGAAGUCAGCAGAAGAUACAAUCUGAUCCUAUCCCUCUUGAAGAGCCGCGGUCAAGCAAUGGGGCCAGCCCAACUCCGGUUUCUCAAGCUUCCAACGCACCGCAAAUUCAGCACCCAUUGCCUGAUCGACCACCAGAGCCUGAUACUUCUGCUUCAUCCCGCAUUCCAGGGUUGUUCAUGACAGAGUCGGAACCACCUGUCGCCCGCGUCCGAGGCCUGGUAGUUGACUCGACCCCGCAGCCUCAUGUCAAUCAGCGCAAGCGCCCUAGAGCUUCCGACUUCGACGAGCCUACUCUGAUGCCCAAAAGGCCUCAAAACUCUUCAGAAGAUAGACUCAUCAUCGACAUCAGUGAUGAUGAGUUUUAUGGGGAUGAUGAGAUUGAUGACAUGGACAUUGAUCCUUCGGGAAAUACACCGGGAGAAGUUGAUUCAACUGGUCCAGAAGGUUCUGUUCGAGCAUUUCCUGCUUCAAUCGAUUUUAUUCCGCAGCGGCCAGUUACAUCAAACCAAACAAUAUCCAUGUCAGCGACACCUCAAAGUAUUCGGAAUCAUGAUCAAGUCGACUUACGGAAGAGGGAUCUUGAAAUACAAGCGAUGCACCGUCGAAUUGCUGAACUCGAACAACGAAAAAAGGCGAAGUUAGUCGCAAGUAGAACAGAGUCGCCUCGUCCUUCUGAUUUGGUGGUACCAUCUCCUGGGGCGAACUCCGCACCAACUGACCACGAAACUCGACAUAUCAACACCGCUCCUGCGGAGCCUGUAGCUGCCAAAGUUCCUCCUCAGGUAGCUAUCGUGCAGGCUGCGUCCGAAGCGAUUUCAGCUGUUCCUGCUUCGGAUUUCGAUAUUCCGACGCAUCUUCCACCCGGUUCAACUGCCCGCAUUGCGGCCAUUGUGGACACCAAAGACCUUGAAGAGAUGCGCUCGAAAUUGUUAAGAAAGAAAGAGAUAGAGUCCGGCAUUCCCGUUUUGGAUGCCGAAAUACGAAACUAUGAAGCCAGGUUGGCGGACUUCAACAAAGAAGUGGAAUUGUUAAUUCAUGAUAUUGCAAGAGGGAAAGAAGGAAGACAGCAGCUUCUUGAAGAACUGCGCAGUCUUGAUAACGAGUUGAAGGGGCUUACAUUGGAAGAGCUACAGGUAGCGCAGCAUAAGCUGGAGUCUCAGGAAAAUGUCCAAACUUUGGAUGAAGCCUCCAUACGUCGCCAAAGUCCGGGGGAUGAAUAUACUCCGUCAUUGCCAGAUGCCUCCGUGGCCGAGGCGCAGAGCCAAAUUGAGCCACGAUCUGUUUCAGCAUCUCUAGGUGUCCAGAAAGCGCCUCUGGGAGAUGCUCCUCUUUCCUCAGACGUGUCGAUGGAUGCGGGCGAAUCACCUGCCGCCAUGGAAAUAGAAAAUGGCAUGUCCUCCGCUUCGUCGUCAGAUUCUCAAGGAUCAUCAAUGGAUGAAUCUAUCAGUGCCAACGACGAAUCUGGCUCUGCUGCCGAUGGGGAGGAAUCCAUGGAAUGUGAAACGCCUGAGCUCGAGCCUAUCGCGGUCCCAGCCCCUGACAGCGGACCCCCCAUUGAUCAAAAGACAUUGAGCAACGAAAGCACAGUCAACCUUGUGCUUCCAGAGCCUAUUUCUACACCACUUACCCCAACUCAGGGGGAGAUGGCGCCGGAUGGCGUCAUUGAAGAAGUUGGGCCACUUGAGAAUCACGCAUCCCGCGAAUCUUCGGUCUCCGAGGCGUAUGAGCCUCCGGAACCUGAAGCAGACAAGAGUGACAUCGACUCUGCUUAUACACCUCGUUUCAGCCCUGUCUCUCCCGGCCCUAUGGAGUCCAAGGAGAUCUCUCAGGAUUCAGAAACUGAUCUGCCGCUAAUUGGAACGGUCCAGGAAUUGGAUGCCCAACCCGCAGCUAUCACCCACGAAAAUGGCACUUUGGAUAAUAAGUCUCAACCGGAGAACACUACUCCCAGGUUUACACCCUACCAGAGUCCGCUGAGAUACUUCAAAGCCUACCGCUACCACCCCCGAUUCACUGAGAAUGUUCCAGGCGGCUUUCGAUCUCUAACAUACAGCCAUAAUAUCGAUUCUAUGAAGUACCUCUGUCCUUAUGAGGCUACAGGUGGUGUCUGCAAUGAUCGAUCAUGCGAGUUCCAGCAUAUCCGGGACAUGACUCUUAGCGAUGACAAGAUCCUCGUGCAGAUGGGAUCGCUUCGAGAGGGCAAGACGCCUGAAGAGAAAGAUCAAUACAUCGCUGGACUGAAACAGAUCAUCAAUGAGAUGCGGCGCGACAAGGUGAAGGACUUCAACACUGUGGCCACGGAGAUAGCCGCAUACCGUAGACGCUUCCUCCAAGAUCCCUCCCGAGUUCUGCCCUUGUAA